AUGACACGUGCAACACGGCAUAAAGAAAAGGAGGAGGAACAGGUCGGACGUCGCGCGACAAGGAGGCUGUCUCAACAGACCGAUAGGGAGGGUGGUGGCGGCUCUAAAGGUACUAAUGCGUCCGCCGCGCGUGGCAGAGUGGUGAAAAAAUUGGCGGGAAAAAAGGCCGCGUUUGGACAGGAGAAGUCCGGCAAGAAGGCGGAAGAGAAGGAGAAGACUGCUACUACUGCCACAGGGAGCCCGACCAUGGUCGAAGUUGCUGCUGCCGUGGUGGAUAAGGCCAAGGCGGGGGAACACAGCAUCGCCGACGUAGGUGGCUCUCCUCCUUCUGGUGGACGUGGGAGGCGUAGGCAGAGGAAGAGCGAUGGGGAAGAAGAGUAUGACACCACCGUGCCCGGGGACAUCAAUACGCGGUCGAAGAGGCGGCAGACAAGCCGCGGUGCUGACGACGCCGGUGGUGCGGAAGUUGGGACAACGCGAGGCGCCAGGGAAGCAAGUGGCCAGGCGACGGGUCAUGCAUUGCGCAAGCAGGGCCGACCCGCAGCGAGGAGAACAUCCGGCGGAAGGAGGGGCAAGAAAGAUGAGGGGAAUGCGGGGGAUGAGGAGGAGGAGGCUGAGGAGGAGGAGGAUGCGGAGGAUGAAGAGGAUGCGGAGGAGGAGGACGCGGAGGUUGGGGAGGAAGAAAAGGAUGAGAAUGAUGACGAGGAGGACGAAGAGGAGGAGGAGGAGGAGGACGAGGAGGGGGGCGACGAGGAUGAGGAGGAGGCGGAGGAGGAGGAGGAGGAGGAGGAGGAGGAGGAGGAGGAGGAGGAGGAGGAGGAGGAAGAGGAGGAGGAGGAGGAGGAGGAGGAGGAGGAGGAGGAGGAGGAGGAGGAGGAGGAGGAUGUGGCGGCAGUUGUGAGAAUUGAGAAGGAAUGA